AAACACCAUUGUUGCUUUGUUUACAUCAUGACGUAUUUUUAUAUACAAACGCGAAUGCGAUUUUUAUUUGCCGUGUCGUUAAAUUAAAAGAUCUUGGUUGCCGUCAAAUCAAAAGGCUAUUCUGAUGGGACAGUCGAAAUCAGUGCCGAUAAAAAUACUCGUUGUUGGACCAGUUGGUGCAGGAAAAACCUACUUGGUCCAAUCAUUGCUUUUGGGAGUCAAUUCGGUCAAUGAUUUAGAGCCAACGGAGAGUUACAAUGUCGACAUCAUCAAAUCCCGUAAGACUGGUUUCAAGUACAACGUCUAUGACAUUUGUGGAAAACCGGCCGAUCGUCCAUACCACAAAAUGUUCUAUGACGAAACUCAAGGGGUCAUCCUCGUGAUAAACUGUUCUGACAUGACUAAAAUGGAAGACGCCAAGAAUGACCUGGAUGAGUUGGUGGGAGCUUAUGAUUUGGAUAGAAUUCCAAUCUUAGUAGUAGCAAACAAGUUGGAUAAUCACGGUGCGCUAUCUAUAAAUCAGCUCACUACUACCCUUAAGCUGGAUACGAAGCUGGCCUAUAGGAAUUGGUGGAUCUGUCCAAUGAGAACUAAAUAUCAGUACGAUGUAGACAAAAUUUUGGAAAAACUUGAUCAGAUUGUGGAAACGGAGAAGAAAAAUCGAAGGCAGUAAAUCUAGGAAUAAAAAUGAUAGUUCGUCGCAUUAUUUACUUAUUUAUUUGUUUAUGCAAUUAUUUUUAUUAUUAUUAUUUUUUGUUAAACAAUAUUGAUUCAAAUAAAUGAAGUGGAUCUCU